AUGCAGCAACCGGAAGAGGGGGCCACUGCGGUGGAAAAAGUCCCCGACGAGGUGAUGGCCGGUGAGCAGAACCCAUCUGCGCAGGAAAAGGCAGAGAAGAACUACGAUUCGGGUUCGACCUUGUCCGGAAAUGCUAAGGAUGAUGGAAGCAAGUCGGCGCUGUCGUUGGAUGAUGAUGCGAUCUUUGCGCAUUUGCCUCAGCAUGAGAAGGAUAUUCUGAAGAAGCAGUUGGAUGCUCCGGUGGCCAAGAUCUCAUUCUUUGGACUGUAUCGGUACGCCUCGAAGAUGGAUAUCUUGAUUUUGUUGGUUAGCGCUAUCUGCGCUAUUGCUGCAGGUGCUGCGCUCCCGCUGUUCACGAUUCUCUUCGGUUCCUUGACAACCGCCUUCCAGGGCAUCCAAUUGAAGACGAUGACCUUCCACGAUUUCGACCACGAAUUAACGAAGAAUGUCCUGUAUUUCGUUUACCUCGGCAUUGCUGAGUUUGUCACUGUCUACGUUAGCACCAUCGGUUUCAUCUACACUGGCGAGCACAUCACCCAGAAGAUUCGCGAGCAGUACCUCGAAGCCAUCCUGCGUCAGAACAUUGCCUACUUUGACAAGCUGGGCGCUGGUGAAGUCACUACCCGUAUUACCGCCGACACCAACUUGAUCCAGGACGGUGUUUCUGAGAAGGUUGGUCUGACUUUGACCGCUGCGGCUACCUUUGUCACUGCGUUCAUCGUGGCCUACGUCAAGUAUGCCCGUCUGGCUGGUAUCUGUACUUCGACCAUUGUUGCGCUGGUUAUGAUCAUGGGCGGUGGAUCUCGUUUCAUUGUCAAGUACAGCAAGCUGUCUCUGGAGAGCUACGGUGCUGGUGGUACCGUCGCCGAAGAAGUCAUCAGCUCCAUUCGCAAUGCGACCGCCUUUGGUACCCAGGACAAAUUGGCCAAGCAGUACGAGGUGCACUUGCGCACUGCUGAACGGUGGGGCAUGCGUCUGCAGAUGGCCCUGGGUGUCAUGGUCGGUGGUAUGUUCGGCAUCAUGUUCCUUAACUACGGUCUGGGUUUCUGGAUGGGCUCGCGGUUCCUGGUUGAGGGCAAGGUCAAUGUCGGCCAAGUCUUGACCAUUCUGAUGGCCAUUCUCAUCGGUUCAUUCAGUUUGGGUAACGUUGCCCCCAACGGCCAGGCUUUCACCAACGCCGUGGCUGCUGCCGCCAAGAUCUUUAGCACAAUUGACCGUGUCUCGCCCGUGGAUCCUACUUCGGAUGAGGGUAUCAUCCCCGAUCACGCCAAGGGUGAAAUCGAGUUCCGCAAUGUCAAGCACAUCUACCCCUCUCGCCCAGAGGUCACCGUCAUGGAGGACGUUUCCCUGUCCAUUCCCGCUGGCAAGACCACUGCCCUGGUUGGACCUUCGGGCUCCGGCAAGUCUACUGUCGUCGGUCUGGUUGAGCGGUUCUACCUCCCCGUCGGUGGCACUGUCUUCCUAGACGGUCACGAUAUCCAGACUCUCAACCUGCGCUGGCUGCGCCAGCAGAUCUCGCUUGUUCAGCAGGAGCCUGUUCUCUUCGGUACUACCAUCUACAAGAACAUCCGCCACGGUCUCAUCGGUACUCGUUUCGAGAAUGAACCCGAGGAGCGUAUUCGGGAACUCAUCGAGAAUGCUGCUAAGAUGGCCAAUGCCCACGAAUUCAUCAUGGCCUUGCCUGAACAAUACGAGACUAACGUUGGCCAGCGUGGUUUCCUGCUUUCUGGUGGCCAGAAGCAGCGUAUUGCUAUUGCUCGUGCUGUUGUCUCGGACCCUAAGAUUCUGCUGCUGGAUGAGGCUACUUCUGCUCUUGAUACCAAGUCGGAGGGUGUGGUGCAGGCUGCUCUGGACCGUGCCGCCGAGGGCCGUACCACUAUCGUCAUCGCUCACCGUCUCUCUACUAUCAAGACUGCUCAUAAUAUUGUCGUCUUUGUCAACGGCCAGAUUGUCGAGCAGGGUACCCACGACGACCUGAUUGAGAUCGCAGGCCCUUACUCCAAGCUUGUGGAGGCCCAGCGCAUCAACGAGGAGAAGGAAGCUGAUGCUCUUGCCGAUGAAGACGUGGAUGAUGACUCGGACGAGGCUUUGCACAAGCAGAACGUUGCCCGUGUGAAAUCCGUGGCCAGUGCUUCGUCCGCUCUCAAGGCUGAAGAGGCUGGUGUGCUGUUCCCCGAGGAUGUCCGCCGCGCGGAUACCCGCAAGUCCGUGUCCAGCGUGGUUCUCGCCAAGAACGGCCCCGACCCGAAGGCCAAGUACUCGCUCUGGACUCUGAUCAAGUUUAUCGCCUCAUUCAACAGGGAGGAGUGGAAGUACCUGGUUAUCGGUUUGAUCUUCUCCUGCCUCGCUGGUGGUGGCCAGCCCACCCAGGCUUUCCUCUACGCCAAGGCCAUCAGUGCUCUGUCCCUGCCCAAGUGGGAGUACGCGAAGCUGCGUUCCGAAGCUAACUUCUGGGCCUUGAUGUUCCUGGUCGUUGGUAUUGUCCAGUUUAUGACCUUCUCGAUCCACGGUAUCGCCUUUGCGUUCUGCUCUGAGCGUCUCAUCCGCAAGGCUCGCGGCAAGGCUUUCCGUGUUAUGCUUCGUCAGGAUAUCAACUUCUUCGAUCGAGAGGAGAACAGCACUGGUGCUCUGACCUCGUUCCUUUCCACCGAAACUAAGCAUCUCUCCGGUAUCAGUGGACAGACUCUGGGUACAAUUCUGAUGACCUCGACCACUCUCAUUGCCGCUAUUGUGAUCUCCUUGUCCUUCGGCUGGAAGCUUGCCCUCGUCUGUAUCAGCGUCGUCCCCGUUCUGCUUGGCUGUGGUUUCUAUCGCUUCUACAUGCUCGCCGCUUUCCAGGCUCGCUCCAAGCUCGCUUACGAGGGAUCUGCCAGCUACGCUUGCGAAGCUACUUCUGCCAUCCGCACCGUUGCCUCUCUUACCCGCGAGACCGAUGUCUGGAGUGUCUACCAUGACCAGCUGGAAGCACAGGCCCGCGUCAGCUUGAUCUCCGUCAUCAAGUCGUCCACCCUGUACGCUGCCUCCCAGGCACUGGUCUUCUUCUGCGUCGCUCUUGGCUUCUGGUACGGUGGUACCCUGCUGGGUCAUGGCGAAUACAAUACCUUCCAGUUCUUCGUCUGCUUCAGUGAGAUCCUGUUCGGCGCCCAGUCUGCUGGUACUGUCUUCUCGUUCUCCCCCGAUAUGGGCAAGGCCAAGAACGCUGCCUACGAGUUCCGCAAGCUGUUUGAUCGACGCCCGACCAUCGACACCUGGUCUGAGGAAGGCACCACCGUUGACCAUGUCAAUGGCGAAAUUGAGUUCCGUGACGUUCACUUCCGCUACCCGACUCGCCCCGAGCAACCCGUCCUGCGUGGCCUGAACCUCAGCGUCAAGCCCGGUCAGUACAUCGCGCUCGUCGGACCCAGUGGAUGCGGUAAGAGUACGACCAUCUCCCUGUUGGAGCGCUUCUACGACGCCCUCUCCGGUGGUGUCUUCGUCGACGGCCACAACAUCGCCGACCUGAACGUCAACUCGUACCGUAGUCACCUGGCCCUCGUCAGUCAGGAACCCACCCUCUACCAAGGUACCAUUAAGGACAACAUCCUCCUCGGUAUCGUCCAGGACGAUAUCCCCGAAGACGAGCUCAUCAAGGCUUGCAAGGACGCCAACAUCUACGACUUCAUCAUGUCCCUGCCCGAAGGCUUCAACACCGUCGUCGGCUCUAAGGGCGGCAUGUUAUCCGGUGGUCAGAAGCAGCGUGUCGCUAUUGCCCGCGCGCUCCUUCGGAACCCUAAGAUCCUUCUGCUGGACGAGGCUACCUCGGCGCUGGACUCGGAGUCUGAGAAGGUUGUUCAGGCUGCGCUGGAUGCUGCGGCCCGUGGCCGCACUACUAUUGCAGUCGCGCAUCGGUUGAGUACCAUCCAGAAGGCAGAUGUUAUUUACGUCUUUGACCAGGGGAAGAUCGUUGAGAGUGGUACACAUACGGAGUUGUUGCGGAAUAAGGGCCGGUAUUAUGAGUUGGUUAACUUGCAGAGUUUGGGCAAGACUCAUUAA